AUAGGCUCCAGCACGCCCGCGACCCUAGUGAGGAGAAGUGGCUCAGAAAAUGGCUGGAUGGAUGGAUGCUCCUCUUGUGGUUAGCAGUCAUGACAGAUUCAUGUGUAACACUAUGUUUCAGUGAAUUGCAUUUCUGGUUCUUUGAUUAUCAUCUCAUUGUUUCUCUGCCGUUCUGUGGUAACACCACAAACAAAAAAUGGCUACUAGAAAAAGUAAAACACACUCAUAAAGUUAUUCUAAAGUAAGUCAGUAUUCUCACUGAGCUGAUAUCUCAGAAUCCAAAUAAUAAACAUUUCCUGAACAUAGGCUGCUACAAAGGUUGCGCUUACAUCAUGACAGUUUUGCUCAAUGACAGGUACUUUCACUGCCUAAGGUCAAAAUACACUAUCCGCAUUUUAGUUGAAGUUAUAGUUCCUGUUCACAGUUUAUAUUUCCUGUCAUGGUUGUAGAGAGAUUUAGACCGAAAUCAAACACAUUCAUAGCAGAUUGACAUUACCAGUCUGGAGAAUAAGUUCAAGGGGAAGGAGAUGGUGCCCAAACCUCUUUGUUUGAUUUUGAUGAUAGCAUCACACUUGGUCGUCAAUGGCUGCAGCCGAGCAGAUGUCGCAGGGAUCCUGGGUCACAACGUCACACUUCAGUUCAGAUUUAACACCAGCGUCACUGAUCGCAGCAAUAUUGCAGUUUACUUACAGGACAACAAAAAGGCACAGUACUGUCCUUUGGAAGGUUGCCCGAGAGAACGUGGUUUUGAAGUUUACCCUAAAAAUUAUUCUAUAUUUUUCCACAUUACAAACCUCACACAAGGUCACAGCGGAACGUACAAGGCUACACUCUUCCCCAAAAAUGGACCAGUCGAGAAAAGUAAUACAGUGCACCUGAUCAUUCAGGAGGAGAAAAUCAACAACACCGUUUCUCAUGCACAGGAGAACAGAAAUACAACCAAAUAUCCACCAAACAUUUUUUCCAGUGCGAUCAUCGCCGUACUUGUGGUUUUACCCGUGGUCUUGUUGGCGGCUUCUCUGCCCUGGUUCUUCUGGUGUUGUGUCCGAGUCAGAGCCAAUAAAGCGCAACAAAACUCCCCACCCGCAACACAGGUAGACAGUGUGGCAUCCAAUAACAUGCAAGAGGGCGCAUUUGCCUACAGUGUAAUAGACUUUCCUAAAAGAGAGGUCACGAUGUUGGACAGCAAGCCAAAUGAUACAGAAUAUGUCCGGGUUCACCACCACCCUCUUCAAAAGUGAAUGUAAACAACUGGUCUUGCUGUGAAUGGCUGGCGUCCACUUCAGGGUGUCUCCCACCUCUCACCCAGAUGCAGCUGGGAUAGGCUCCAGCACGCCUGCAACCCUAGUGGGGAUAAGCGGUACGGUCUUGGUCUAAGCACCGGUCUGUGAUAGUAAGCAAAGGUUUGUCAAAUGUGCUGUACAUAAAUAAAUGUAAACUUAAUAUUUUAAUUGAUAAACUUUUUGAAAAUAGAAAUGGUUUGGGAUUGUAUCUAAUUUAAAUUUAGAAUUUCCAGGACGUAUGAGUAACUAUACUUCUGAGAAGGUGUGAAGUGUCAUCAAAGUUUUGGUUUUAUUUCCUGUAAUGGUAUCAUCAUGGUGGCGUAGUGGUUAGCACAUCUUGCCUCACAGUCAGACCUUUGAAACAUCUCUUUGUGAAUUUUACAUGUUCUCUCUGUGCUUGCGUGAGUUUUCUCCAGUUUCAAUUAGUAUAUGCUUCUUAGGUUAUUUGAAGUCCAUUGGUGAGAAUGUGGCGGCACGGUGGCCGACUGGUUAGAGCGUCAGCCUCACAGUCACAGCCUGAGGACCGGGGUUCAAUACCCGGCCCCGCCUGUGUGGAGUUUGCAUGUUCUCCCCGUGCCUGCGUGGGUUUUCUCCGGGCACUCCGGUUUCCUCCCACAUCCCAAAAACAUGCAUGAAUUGGAGACUCUAAAUUGCCCGUAUGCAUGACUGUGAGUGUGAAUGGUUGUUUGUUUCUAUGUGCCCUGCGAUUGGCUGGCAACCAGUUCAGGGUGUACCCCGCCUCCUGCCCGAUGACAGCUGGGAUAGGCUCCAGCACGCCCGCGACCCUAGUGAGGAGAAGCGGCUCAGAAAAUGGAUGGAUGGAUGGAUGGUGAGAAUGGGAGUGUGAACGGUUUGUCUAAUUAGUGCCCUGCGAUUUAAUGGCAGCCGCUGUACACUGCCUCUAACCCUAAGUUAACUGUGAUCGCCUCCGCCAUGACCCUAAUGAGGACAAGUACUAUAGUUCUCUUAUUGUACAUUGUAUUUUCUAAACAGACCAAAAAUGGCUGCCUACCAGUUACAGACAAGCAGGGGAGAGAAAUGACACAAAAAAAUGAUGCAGUUGGAGUUUGCCUUUUGACAAUGUCGAAAAUAUCAUCACAUGAUGCUUCACGCAAGAUUUGAGUUGUAUGGAAGUGAAGUUAGCAGAAGUGAAGUAGAACAACUACAGUAACAGAUGACAGUCUGCAGAAGACAUGUAUAUUCCACUAUCAUUUGCUUCUUUCACUAUAAGACAAUGUUAUAGAAAUAAAUUGGCCUCUGAUAAUGUUAGUAAAUAUAAAUACUGUCUAUGUAAUGUGUGUACCAAAGUGUAAGUUCACCUGGGGAUGCUAAGACACUCCCAAUUCAGGAGUAAGCUUGCCAUUAGGACAACACAGCAGCGGGACCACGAUGUGCGAGUAGAUCAAACACCCAAUCAGAUCCACCGACCUGCAACCUGCCUACAAGAGUAUUAAAGCUUUGCAAGCCAUAGCGUCGGAAUCAGAAUCAUCUUUUUUGGCGAGGUAUGUUUCAACGCACAAAUUGUCUCCAGUAGUUGAAGCCGGUCACAGGCAAGGUGAGUGAUGGGGCCCUCCUUACGGCCUCGGAUGCAAUUGACUCGGUGGUUGGAACUUUUGAGGGCUUGUUUUACUUGGUGAGCCACCUGUCAAUGAGUUGGUGCCCUCAGUUGAGCAGGUUUGUGCUGCACAGCUGAUAUCAAAAGGUGACAAAACACCAUGUACUUAAGUACAAGGAGGCCUACAGAUACUUGUGUUUAAAAAAAUAAAAAAUACAAAAAAAAUACAAAAAAAUCUGGUUCAAGUAGAAGGAUUGAUUCAACUCCUUUACUUGAAGGGAAGUUUGCCAUUUCAAAACUGCUAGCAAUAUUUGAAGGUAGGCCCACUUAACUAAUCCUCCCACCACCCCCACGCCCACCCCCAAGUCUCUGAGCAAAGCCACGCCCCUCACUAACUUGAACGUGCACUGUAAACAAGCUGAUGUUAGCCACAGCUCCUGCUGCUGUUGGUAGCACGACUUAUUCGUGAUGGUGUUGCUACAACACAAAAUGUUAUCGGUUUCAAGUUUUAUUUAUUGGAAUGUACCAUCAAUUAAAAUUCAACAAGAGGUGUUAAACUUACCCGUCGAGCGGAACUGUUGCUAAUUCCGUGUUUAGGGGACAAACUUUUGCUUUAAGCUCAAUUCUGACAGGAUAAUCAGCACUGAACUGAUAAAAGUUCCUUUGCUGAAUUUGACCGGAAAAUAUCGUCAUGUUUAUCGGUAUGUGUACCCACAGUAUAUCAGGUUCACUGUAAUUGACAAGUAAACAGGUCAGGGUGUAUUCAGCCACUCACAAGUCAGCUUAAGAGAUAAUUUAACCAACUGACUUAAUUGUUGCUAUGGCAAGGAAACUAUUUUGUAACAUUAGGCGACAUCAGAGCUCAGUGAUCAGUUUAACAGAGACUGCUCAUUAGUGGUUGAAAGAAGUUUUCACUCUUGUCCUGACUGACUCAGCAAUAUACACUGACAAUUAGUCAAGCCAUUACCAAGUAGGUAAUAUUUCUGGUUGUUGAGGUAAGCUUUUGGGAGCAAACAAAGUUGUCGAAAUACUGAAAUGAAAACACAGAAGCUAAAGAAUGUCUUCUUUCACAAUGAAAGUGUGUCUGUGUAAAUGCUUGUAUGGGCGGUGUCACAAACAGACAGACGGUACAGUGUAUGAUGUCACGGAAGCCAUCAGUAUACCAAACCUUUGUUCGUCUCUAUGAGAAUGUGUUGGUCUGCUGACACGUGGUUUUCUUCACCUCAUAGAACCCCACAAACCUGGAACCUGUGACAUUUAUGAGAAACAGAUCUUGGUUAUGUGAAAGCAGGUUGAAUGUAACACCUCUAUAUCUCUCUUUCACACACACACACAAGCACACACUAGAGAUCUGUUAUCUUGUAAAAUAACUGGAACUCAUGGAAACCUUGGGCUGGAAUUCACCCCUCCGAUACAUUGCGAUGUUGCUUAUAUUUCCUACAACUUCCAGCAAAGGGUCAGAAUGUGAGGCUCCUUCAAGUCCUCAGUGCUUCAGAAGAAACAACGAGGAGACUGUUUAUGAGUGUGAAUGGCAAAUGAAUACAACACAGAGAGAUGUGACAUUUGACCUCUACUUCAGCAGUGACAUAAGAUUUGAAAACAUUCAAGAAACCCGCAAAGAGAUCAAUGACGAGGACCUCAUCAAAAAUGAACAUGUUGACAUUUGGGUGGAAGCUCAAGCAGGAGAAUCUGUGUGCACCUCAACCAGCACCUCUGUUAUACUUAACGAAACAGUUAAAUUUGAAGCACCACAAGACAUUUCAGUGGCCUGGUUUCAAAACCACCUCAACGUGACCUGGAACGCUGCAGAGAAAUACCCGGCCUUGGCUGAGGUCUGGUUUCAAAUAGAUGAAACAAAGCCGUGGGAAAAGAGACUGAACACCACACAGUUCACGCACAGUCAGAAGGCAUACCAGUUACUUGUUGAAAAUCUGCAGAAGCAUACAUCCUACCAGCUGAAACUCAGACAUCGGACCAAAGUGACCCGUAACCCGCUGUGGAGCGAUUGGUCUCCACUCGUGAUUGUUCCUGCAGAGCUUGAAGAUAAAAUGGAGGUUAACGUGACAUUGGAAAAGUUAGAAGGUGCAAGGAAGGUCACUCUCAUAUGGAAGCCGGUUCACCAUGCAGCAGCAGUACCCGAAGUGAACUACAUCCUGAGGGACACACAGUCUUCCAGAGGAUGUCCUUGUAUGAAGACCCAUCCCACCAACAGGACAGAGUACACAGACUAUGUUUCCUACUCUCCGGUAAACUUCUCUGUUAUUGCCAGAAACGCAGCAGGCUCUUCUCCCACAGCCAUCAUACACAUCCCAGCAGAACCUACUCCCGAUUUAAAACCUUGUAAUAAAACAUUACUGGAUAAAAAACUGAACAACACCACCUGCCACGAGUGGUACAAACAACAAGAUGGAGACUUAAGGCUUGUGGCAAGGAAGACUAAAAGAGACAUGAAGCAUUUUAGAAACAGCAUCGAGGACUAUGUGGGUUACAUUUACUUUGAGCACCUGUGCAUCAACGAGAGACCAAAGACUGUUCAAAUGUGCCUCUUUUAUAAAAAUGAAAAUGUUCCAAAAAUAGCUCCCCAAGACUUGUUCACCUAUAAUGAAACACAUACUUCUGCCUCACUGUCUUGGAAAGCCAUUCCCACUGAGGACAGGCGAGGUUUCCUCACACAAUACAAUGUGUGCAGUGUGCAAAUAAGUUCUGAGGAUGAGCACUAUCAUUGUCACAGCGUACCAGCUUCCUCUGUGGAAUACCAUCUGGACAACUUGACACCAGUAACAAAAUACAUCACUGUAGCAGGGGUGACACGAGCAGGAGAAGGUCCGAAGGCCACAGUAACGUUCAGCACACAGCCAAUGAAUCCUAUGAAAGAAUGGUUCAAACUUGCCGUGGUUAUGGCAUUCCUGUUCAUCUUUCUUUUAAUAGUGUGCACGUGUGUCUGGAAAAGAAUGAAAAAGAAGAUGCUUCCUCCAGUACCAAAGCCUGGGAUUACUUGGGAUUUUCCCUCUCAUCCAACAUUGAACAUUGAGCAGAAAAAGCUGGAGGAGAAGGAGGAGGAAGUGGUGCAUGAAGUUACACUGCAGCAGUUGCAGUCAAAGGAGCACGGACUAAGUGAAGAUGCAGAGGAGACCAACGUGUCAUUAAAAAUUUUUAUGAAGCGGACAAGGGUGUCUUACGGGAGCAGCGACGAUCCUUUGAGACCUUCUGCUAUUCAACAAACACUGAGGGGUUCCAAAGAGGAGGAAAUGCCAUGCAUGGAACAAGAGGAUAUGCUUGGUUUGCUGCUAUACAGGAAAGGAUUGGUGUUUGAUAUGAAGACGGACGAGUGUUAAAUUGAUUACUCUGAGAUCAUGUAUAUUUUCUCCAGAACUGUUCAAUCACCGUCUUAUUUACCUCAUUUUCCAACCAAAGAACACCUCAAAAUAUGUCAGGAUCAAGGAUGAGGUUUAGCCAUUUGUGACCGUAAUAUGGAUUUUGAAUAAAAAGCAUUUAAGAAGAACAUAGUUUAUGCUUGAGUUUUCCACUGGGAUCAAUAAAGUCUGAGCAAAUGG